CUAGGGUUAGAGGCAACCGGUGAGGCUAGAACCCUGAGCGUGGUCGUUUGGAGCAAAUAUGUCUGUCCGGAGGCACAUUGGGAAUCCAGAGACCUCUCCUGACCUCCAGACCCAAACAGCCAGCUCGCCACGUCCAUUUGGGAUAACCCACAGACAUCUGCUGUUCAACAUGCCCCGAGUGGAACACAUCGUGGCUUUCAGUGUUUGCUCCUUCCUGAAGUCCCUUGUUGGGGGAAUGGUGUCACCAUCCUCCCCCUGUUACGCCAUAUCUGACCAAAAGGAUACCACAAAACCCAAAGUAUCAGCAUAUCAAGUCAAGACUGGACACAGGUAACAGUAUGACUAAAUACAUUGAGAAGCUAGAAGAGAUCAAAAAAAAUUAUAGAUACAAAAAAGAUGAACUUUUCAAGAGACUGAAAGUUACGACGUUUGCCCAGCUGGUCAUCCAAGUUGCGUCUUUAUCCGAUCAGACACUGGAAGUGACAGCUGAGGAGAUUCAGAGGCUGGAAGACAAUGAUUCUGCGGCUUCAGACCCUGAUGCUGAAAUCACUGCCAGGACCAAUGGGAAGGGCAGUCCCGGUGAGCAGUCGCCGAGCCCCGUCCAGUUCAUAAACAGCGUGGGAGCGGGAGACUCCAGCCGCUCGACACUCCAGAGCGUCAUCAGCGGUGUUGGGGAACUGGAUCUAGACAAAGGGCUGGUGAAGAAAGCAGAGCCCAACACCAAAGACAAACCUUAUCCCGACUGCCCCUUCCUGCUGCUAGAUGUGCGCGAUAGAGAUUCUUACCAGCAGUGCCACAUUGUUGGAGCUUACAGUUACCCAAUUGCAACACUGUCUAGAACAAUGAACCCUUAUUCAAAUGAUAUUCUUGAGUAUAAGAACGCCCACGGCAAGAUCAUCAUUCUUUACGACGACGACGAGAGGCUGGCCAGUCAGGCGGCCACCACCAUGUGCGAGCGAGGAUUUGAAAACCUCUUCAUGCUCUCUGGAGGUCUGAAAGUCCUAGCUCAGAAAUUUCCAGAAGGACUGAUUACGGGUUCCCUGCCAGCAUCUUGCCAGCAAGCCCUUCCUCCUGGUUCUGCCCGGAAGCGAUUGAGCCCCAAAAUGCCACCCCCACCAGCUGAGAAUAAAUGGAGAUUUACCCCAGAAGACCUAAAAAAGAUAGAAUAUUACCUGGAAGAGGAUCAGGGUCCUUCGGACAAUCCCAGCCGGCUGAGUCAGGCUAACGCCUCUGGAAGAGACUCCAAGGUUCCAAGCGCCCGCAGCAGCCAGAACCUGCCCGCCGGGGGCCCCACCAGCCACCCGAACCCCCGCAGCCACCCGCAAGGCAAACCCUGGAAGUAAAGACUUUGUCUGUGUUGGUCAAAUCCAUUUUUUUUCUCCUUUCAGAACCCCCGAGCAGUUCCCCAGUUGGUCAUUUCCAGGAACUGCUGCAGAGGAGAGGCCGUGACAUGUGUGAUGGGCCCUCGUCCCUCUUCCUCCCCCAGCUCCUUUCUGCGUCCAGCUCCGGAAGGGUCUGUGCACAGACCAGAGGCAGAACGGGCUCUAGUGCCCUCCCUGUUAUUUACAAAACAUUUACGUCCCUGAAACUGAGUAGGAAAAGAGAGUCUCGUUUUGAGGGGCUCUAAUGUUUUUAAUAAGGUUCUGCUUGUUUUGGCCUGUGUCCCGUGUUGUUUUGUAAAUACUUCAGUCACAUCUGGUUAUGUUCCUCCCAACCAGUUCUUUUUCACCCACAUUCUGGGUUUUAUGAAGGUUCUCCACGUGGGCCUUGCCACCUGAGAAGCUGGGCCUGGGGUGCAGGUGGUUCUUAGAGAAAGCUAACUUUCAGCCUCCCCAGAGCCCCCCAGUGUGGGCCCACCGGCUGAGGUGCUCUUCCCAGCACCUGAUACAGGCCUGGCGGAGUUUGGGGGCUGGUAAGACCCAGUAGCGCGGCUCUCACCCUUCCCGAGGGUUGGUUCCCCUCACCAGCUGUCUCCUGGAGCUUCACUGGUGAUGGCGUGCGCCCAGCUGCGCAGAAAAGCCCCGUCCCUCGACAGGACAGGGCUUCGGGGAGCCGUUGGGGCCCCCAGAGCUGACCCUCCUCCAUGUAUCAGCUGUGAAUCUCCACUUCCCAGCUCAGGUCCAUCCACCUUCGGUAGGUAGACAUCAUGGCCACUUAAAAACAUCGGCUUCAGGUGGGCCAAGGAAGACACAGGUGAGGACGGCUCCGCUUGCCCUGGCAGAGCCGACAGCCCCUUCAGCCCUCGCUUAAAAUGCAGUAUUAGUCUAACUGAGUAAUUAGUGCAAUUUCCUGCUUACUUUCCAUUCUCCUGACUGAGCUGUGAUUAGGAGGCUGUGAUUAGAGAUUCUGGUUUGGGCCAGAAUUUUGAAUCAGCAUUAAUUGAAUUGCAAGAUGACUGACAUUCAUUCCAUUUAAUUGGGGGAACAAAAGACCUCAGGUAAGGAUGAGGAACUCUGAAAUCCUCGGGAAAAGGAGAGGAGCCUUGUUAAUUUUUAUGGUCUGUGAUCUGUAGCUGUGAUAAGGAACUGAGGAAUAAAUUGUACUCUUCGUCAUGGCAACCAGCAUCUGAAAAGCCAAGUGAAAAUUGCCUGUCCUUAGGUGGUUCCUGCUGCCGGGUGAGGCUCGCCUGAACGGCGCUCUUCUCUCACCGUCGGAGAAAGAAAAAGCACCACAGUAUUUCUAGCGCGGGGGGCUGUGUUUUUAAGGGAAGUAAAGGCAAUAAAUAUCUUGUAGGGACAAAUGGAAAAAUAACUUUCAGAUUCAGCCCAGUUCUGAUUUAGUAUGUUUAUUCCUCUCUACUUGAUUUCCAAAGUACAUUUUCCGAUGCUUUAGAAAUCAAACAGACCAGCGACAUUGUUCCGAUGUCAAGCCGUGCCCAGUUUUCCACAAGAUUCCAGAAUCGUGCAUAAAAUUCAGCCAAUGUACACAUAGCUUUAAUGAGGAGCCUGUCAUGUUCCCCCAUAAAUUUAUUGCCUGAGAACUUAGUUCAGCCUUUGCAAAUGCCAAAAUGCUCUGGCUUUUUAUUUUCUUUACAACAUACAUUUUUUAAAAUGCAAAUUUUUCCACACUCGACUUUCCCCUAGCAUGGACCAGACUUUCGGCCAUUUUGACACACAUGCAUUUUUAAGAAAACAAAAACUGUUUUCUCUGUGACACAGUUCUGGGUGUGCCAUUUCCAAGCUGACUGGCCAGGAGUUCAGAUUUCCUCACACAACUGUGUUUGGGGAGUAAACGGUGGGCCCCCUUUCUUCCUCCUCUGCAUCGCCGCCACUGAGCGACCCGAGUGUUAGAAUCCACCGCACGUGCGCGGAAAGCUGGUCAGCCGGGCCCACCGGACCGCGGUGCAGUCAGCAGGGCCCCCGGGCCCCCUGGGUGUUUUUGCAUAUCUUCGUCCGCAGUGCUCUGCCCUGUCGGUGAGGACUGUCAGGGACGACUCCUCAGAGACCUGUUCACAUUCUGCACUAUGGGUGUUAAGCGUCAUUUGCAGAGUUUUUCCAUUGCUUUGAAUGUUCAACUUGACUCGUUUCUGCGUUAGAUUAACUGACGUGUGUUAUUGAAGCCAUCAGUGAUCCUUUGUGCUGUUACGGAUGUCAAAGAUUAAAGAUAGUUAUUAA